AUGUGGUCAGUUGAGUGGGAGAUCGAGGGUGUGGUCGGUUUAUGGAUGCUAUCUGAUAGUCGCCCCGUUGCCAACAACCUCCACACAACCGACUCCUACGUCGACUGGGACCUGAGACGACUUCGGGAACGACCAUUUCAUGUUCCGAGGAGGGAGAAAGCUGCAAGAGGCUCCGGAGAAGGGGUGUUCGAAUUGCAUAGGGCUGACGCUACACACAAUGAAGAGAAAGCUGCAAGAGGCUCCGGAGAAGGGGUGUUCGAAUUGCAUAGGGCUGACGCUACACACAAUGAAGAGAAAGCUGCAAGAGGCUCCGGAGAAGGGGUGUUCGAAUUGCAUAGGGCUGACGCUACACACAAUGAGGAGAAAGCUGCAGGAGGCUCCGGAGAAGAGGUGUUCGAAUUGCAUAGGGCUGACGCUACACACAAUGAAGAGAAAGCUGCAGGAGGCUCCGGAGAAGGGGUGUUCGAAUUGCAUAGGGCUGACGCUACACACAAUGAAGAGAAAGCUGCAGGAGGCUCCGGAGAAGGGGUGUUCGAAUUGCAUAGGGCUGACGCUACACACAAUGAAGAGAAAGCUGCAAGAGGCUCCGGAGAAGGGGUGUUCGAAUUGCAUAGGGCUGACGCUACACACAAUGAGGAGAAAGCUGCAGGAGGCUCCGGAGAAGGGGUGUUCGAAUUGCAUAGGGCUGACGCUACACACAAUGAGGAGAAAGCUGCAGGAGGCUCCGGAGAAGGGGUGUUCGAAUUGCAUAGGGCUGACGCUACACACAAUGAGGAGAAAGCUACAGGAGGCUCCGGAGAAGGGGUGUUCGAAUUGCAUAGGGCUGACGCUACACACAAUGAGGAGAAAGCUACAGGAGGCUCCGGAGAAGGGGUGUUCGAAUUGCAUAGGGCUGACGCUACACACAAUGAAGAGAAAGCUGCAAGAGGCUCCGGAGAAGGGGUGUUCGAAUUGCAUGGGGCUGACGCUACACACAAUGAGGAGAAAGCUGCAAGAGGCUCCGGAGAAGGGGUGUUCGAAUUGCAUAGGGCUGACGCUACACACAAUGAAGAGAAAGCUGCAAGAGGCUCCGGAGAAGGGGUGUUCGAAUUGCAUGGGGCUGACGCUCUAGCAGAGUCUAUGAAGCAUCAUACCGGCAAACAGGCGUGUUCCAGCAUACGUUACACCAACCAGGCUUAA